AAAAAUACAGUCAAGUUUACGAAAAUUGUUAUAAGUUUCCGAUAUUCAAAAAUUACAAAACCUUACAGUAGAUCAAUCUCUAAGUAAAUAGGUGUGAAAUAAUCUCUUGGUCGCCGCUGCCAACGACGGUUUUUUAGGAAUGUCCGGCAGUUUGCGGCCCAGAAGUCCGUUCGCGCGGCGGCCGUUCACGUGCGGCGUUCAAAAGGCCAGGACGGGUCGGGGCUUAUUUUCGCAGGAUUUCCGAGAUGGGAGGCAGCAAGACUGGCGGUGGGAGGAACGGGAUACCUGACAGAUGGAAGGCAUACACUAAUAUGGGCAGACAGAUUCCUGGGACAAGGUUUAUUUCAUUCAAGGUUCCCUUAAAAGAGGCUCUGUUGAUUCGGCUGGAAGACUCGUUUUGGUUCAGCCCCCGCACGCUCAUGGACCACUGCGUCGACCUUGGGCUGGUUAUCGACCUCACCAACACAACCCGCUAUUAUGAUCCCAAGGUGGGUGGUGGCACCGUGUUUAUUGUUCCUGUCACCAGUGGAAAGUCUAAUCUAGACUCUUUUAGUGAAAAUGAUAGCACAAUAGACAUGAAGUGUGCCUCUAGCAACCAAUUUUGGCUUUGGGUUUUGGAUUGGUCUGCGUUUAUCUCCCGCAGGUUCUGCAAGGUGGUCAACACUUUCCUUGACAAGAACAAGGACAAUCAGAAGCUGAUCGGCGUGCACUGUACCCACGGCUUGAAUCGGUCCGGCUACAUGGUGUGCAGAUACAUGAUACAAGAGCUUGGGAUACCUCCAGACCAGGCUAUAGCAGACUUCAACAGCGCUCGAGGCCACGAGCAGGAGCGCCAGAACUACUUGGCCAACCUCCGGCGGGCGUCCUGGCUUCAGAGCACACCCUCGACGCCCACGACGCCUUCCACGCCUUCCGCCGUCCGUAAGCCGGCGUUAUCAGACGAGGAAAGGAGCGACGCUGAGACCCCGACCUCCGCGCUCCCCAUUCGAAGGUGGAGCGGCCCCCAGCGGGAGGCUAGCGACGAGGGCUGGGCGCCGUGGAAGGGCGCCUCCCCUAAGACCCGCUACCGCAGCUCCCCGUACGCAAGGCAGACUUCACCCCAUGGCGCCCGCCGGUACUACGAUGAGCGGUACCAGGGCCGCGUGGCGCCGCAGUACGACCCCUACUUCUACCAGGAGCGGGGCUCGGGCGUGGGCCCGCACCGCUCCAUGCCUCACUGGUCGCGGAAGCAACAGCAGGAGCAGGCCGCCGCUGUCCGGGCUCCUCCUCGGCAGUACCGCGGGCCGCGACCCUACCGAAGCCCCAUCAGGCAAGAGGAAGAGUUACCGUUUAGGUCGGAAGAGCCGAACACCCCGAACGGCGCCCUCCUUGCUACGCCGCCCCCCCGACGGGACCAGUGCUCGUCGUUGCCUCGCACGCCGUACUGGCCCGGCGCUGCGGACGGGCCGAGACGCCGCGCCUUUAGCCCCGGCGCAGAGGACAAUGUGUUCAGCCCCUUGACUCCGCGCAGGCGCUCGGCGAGAUGGAAUCCCUACUGACGCCCUUGACGCGCUUCCUGGCGUUUUUGACUCGCAUCCUGACGUCUUUGACCCGCAUCCUGACGUCUUUGACCAGCGUCCUGACGUUGGCUGCCCUCGUCUUCUGACCUCUCUCGGACCUCCUUGCUGGUGCUUCGACGUGAAAGCCUUCGCUCACCUCUUUCUUUUAACUGCGCAUCCAGUAAGGUAAUUUAUGUAAAUUUCUUUGUGAAUUUAUAAUUGUUUUGAGAUGUAUUUAUCUGAUGUACAUCAUUUCAUGUAACUGGCGUUUGAGUUGACUUUCAACAUUGUUUUUAGUGUGUGUGCUUAGUACUCUUCUAUUGGGUGUGUAAAUAUCAAAGUAAAACGAGGGGGAAUUCUUGGUAAGUGUUUGCUGGAACCUUGCCAAAUUUUACAGGAAGAUCGUCUUCCUAAUCUUGAUUUAUAAUAGAGAAACUGUGAAUGUAAGUUCAAGAAUUAUAUUUUGCAUAUUUAGCUUGCGUGAGAGUUACUUCUUUUUAUUGUGCGUUCGAUUUUGGGCUUUGGUGAUGAAAUAUGGACCAGGUAAGAUCAUUUGUAAUUUUGUGAAUUCUUGUUAACUUGAGUAUGUAUUUUUGAAUCAAACGAAUAUGAAAAAAAAUGUACUUAUAAACGUAUUACUUGUAUUAUGAUUUAGAGGUGUACUCGUGUGUAGUUUUCUUUAAAUACAGACGGCAUCGAGUAUAUGUAGGCAAAGACAGUACACACGCACUACUGACAUGAUAAGCAGUUCACCAGAUUUUUAUAUCUAAUAUAAACACUUUCUUUUUGUUUUCCUGUCCUUUUUAACGAAUUCACAUAUUAUUUCAGUCUCUUUUCUUACACAGUUGUUUUUAACAUUAUUGUAAAAUGAAUACAUUGUAUAUCAUAAACAUUAUAUUUAUAUAAAAUGAAAUGUAUUUGAAGUAAAUAGUCAGUGUUAUAGGUACUAAUACGUAAAUACCGUAUUGUCUUUAUAUUUUUGUCACAGCCUUGUAUGUUAGAUUGUAAAAAAAAUAUCAAGGAA